GAUAUUUCGGCUAUCAGAUAUCAUUCUCUGGCUGCUCAACCGCAUACUAUUCCCGACGAGUUGGAGGUUUCUAGUUGGAGUGAAACAGGAGUCAUGAUGAGUGUUAGACAUCGGGAAUUUACUAUUGAAGGCGUCCAAUUUCAUCCAGAAAGUAUUCUUAGUGAACAUGGGAAAAUUAUCUUAGAAAAUUUCUUGAAAUUAAAAGGUGGAAAAUGGGAAGAUAACCCGGAGUUUGGUGUGAAAGCUCCGCUCGCAAAAUCUUCAGUUCCAAAAAAUUCUCUUCCUUCGAUUUUGGAAAAGAUUCGAAAUCAACGGUUAGUUGAUGUAGAGAAUGCCAAAAAACAACCUGGAUCAUCUCCACACGAUUACAAGAAGUUAUUAUCCCUUCAUGUCGCUCCUCCUUUAAUCGAUUUCGUGGCGAGGAUCAAGCAAAAUUUGUUAAAAUAUCCAGCUAUAUUUGCUGAAGUUAAAAGAGCGUCACCAAGCAAGGGAAACAUCGAUAUAUUUGUGAAUGCUGCUGAACAAGCACUUACCUAUGCAAAAGCAGGUGCAUCAGUGAUUUCUGUGUUGACGGAGACAAAAUGGUUCAAGGGCACUUUAAACGAUAUGCGUCAAGUUCGCGAUGUUUUAUCAACUAUCUCGAAUCGACCAGCCGUAUUGAGGAAGGACUUUAUAAUGGAUACUUAUCAAAUCAUGGAGGCGCGUCUCUAUGGAGCUGACACCAUAUUAUUAAUUGUCGCUUUGUUGUCAGAUGAAAAGCUUACGGAAUUAUACAAAUUUUCCAAAUCUCUUGGCAUGGAACCAUUAGUAGAGGUUAAUAAUGAAGAAGAAAUGUUAAGAGCCGUUAAGUUGGGAGCAAAGGUAAUUGGGGUGAAUAAUAGAAAUUUGCAUACGUUUGAUGUUGAUAUGAAUACUACGACUCUCCUGGCCGAGAUGGUUCCUGAUGAUGUUGUUUUGGCAGCUUUAAGUGGAAUAACAGGAAGGGAAGACGUUAUUGGAUAUCUUGAACAAGGUGUUGGUGCGUUAUUAAUUGGAGAAGCAUUAAUGAAGUCAGAUGAUAAGCGGGCAUUUAUUCGUGAGAUACUCGCAUUGGAAGAACCUCUAAAACUGCCAGUUGAUGAAUCUGUAACUCCCUUGGUAAAAAUUUGUGGAAUUUCAACGGUUGAAGCAGCAGUAGAGGCUACAGAUGCGGGUGCUGAUUUUAUUGGACUUAUAUUCACCAAAUCAAGAAGACAAAUAUCAAUCGAUCGAGCAUUAGAGAUUGUCACAUAUUUGCGCGAGCUUCAAUUAGAAAAAGGUCAUGAACCGAAUAGUAAAGAUGGAACUUCUCAAAAACAUUUAUUGUCUGAGCAACACGAUUGGUUUAAAUUGCAUGCGGAAAGAAUAAAUAAAAACCCGAGAAAACCACUGGUAGUUGGAGUAUUUCAGAAUCAAUCAUUAGACGAAAUAAUUAAAAUAGUUGAUUUCUUGAAAUUAGAUUUGGUUCAAUUACAUGGUGAUGAACCACUAGACCUCGCAAAAUUCAUACCGGUACCCGUGAUUAAAGCAUUUCAUAUUGACGAAAAAUUCUCUAAUCCGGUGAUAGUCACCCAACCCGGCUACAACGCAUUUUGUUUGUUGGACACAAAAGUGACAGUAUCCGAGUAUUCAAAGGAACAACAUCAAGGUGGAGCUGGGGUUACUUUUGAUUGGAAAAUAGCAUUGGAUAUUAAAUCAAGCGUAUCGAGAGAUGUUGGAGGAAAAAAUGGGUUUCCCUUAAUCUUGGCAGGAGGAUUAACACCCGAUAAUGUUAUCGAAGCCAUAAAAGUAGUAAAACCUUGGUGCGUUGAUGUAUCGAGUGGAGUCGAGACGGAUGGUGUUAAAGACUUGAAUAAAAUCAGAGAAUUUAUAAAAAAUGCAAAGUCUAUUGUCUACGAUGAUGAAGAAUUGAGCGAGGAAGAAAACAUUGUGGCCGAAAAAAAUGGCAAAGUUGCUGACAAUAUUAACGAAGAUGUUGAUGAAAGGAUCGAAUAUGUGAAUAAAGAUGAAUAA